UUGGAGUGCAGUGGAGACAUAAGAAUAAUUUUAAAUGCAAAUUAAAUUGUGGGGGUAGCAAAGAGAACAGAUAAAAGACAGUAAAACAAAGCCUUUCACUUUCCUCAAAUUAGCAGGCUAAUGUGGUAUAAAAAAAAGCAGUUCUACUCAGAUCUGUGCUAAGAGCUUUCAUUUCAUCAUAAUAUAAGCAGAUCCGUCACCUUUCUCUAUUCAGUACUCUUGAUUUCGAGGUUGAAGUGAAAAUUAGAAGCUGUUCAUUCUGGCUCACAGACUGGGUUGCAUUUGCUUAGUCUUAUUCCAUGACAGUGGGAUGGAAAGAGGUCAGUAACACUGGAAUCUGACUGAUCAUCCAUGCUGGAGUAUUGCACAUAAAGUUCCUUCAAAAUGGACUACUUUUUGGAUGUCGAGUCUGCUCACAGACUGUUUUACAGUCAAGGAGCCCAAGCUCGUCGGGCAACUCUUCUCACUGUACCCACUCUGGUGACAGCAACCUCUGAGGAUGACAUAGACCGGAGACCCAUCAGAAGACUCCGGUCUAAGAGUGACACCCCUUACUUGGAAGAAGCUAGGAUCUGCUUCAACCUUGAUAAUGCUCGCCGGGCCACGCUGCUCACCGUGCCCACAUUAAUGGCGGCAUCUUCCGAGGAGGACAUCGACCGCAGACCCAUCCGCCGCGUCCGCUCCAAGAGCGACACCCCCUACCUCGCCGAGGCCCGCAUCUCCUUCAACCUCGACACAGCUGAGGAAGUGGAAAGACUGGCUGCAAUGCGUUCAGAUUCUCUAGUACCUGGGACUCACACACCUCCGAUCAGAAGAAGAAGCAAAUUUGCCACUCUCGGGAGACUUUUUAAGCCAUGGAAAUGGAGGAAGAAGAAGAGCGAAAAAUUUAAGCACACUUCAGCAGCUUUGGAAAGAAAAAUGUCCAUGAGGCAAAGCAGAGAGGAGCUUAUAAAACGAGGAGUGCUGAAAGAAAUUUUUGAUAAAGAUGGGGAACUUUCCAUACCAAAUGAAGAAGGAGCUUUGGAGAAUGGGCAGCCUCUGGGCUCCGGGCAAGUGCUGAGCUCCAGCCAGGUAUCCCUGCCAGCCCUAACAGAACUGGAGUCAGUCCCAGCAUCUGUGGAACCCUGCUCAUACGAGGUGCUCCCAACCACAGAGAUCAUGGAUGGGACAGUGUCUGAAGAGAGCCCCACAUCCAAUGAAUCCGGCGUCCUCCUGUCCCAAGAUCCUACAGCUAAGCCAGUCCUGCUACUUCCCCCCAAAAAAUCUGCUGCUUUCCCUGGAGACCAUGAGGACACCCCAGUGAAACAGUUGUCCCUCCUCAAACAGCCCCCUGCCCUGCCUCCUAAACCUAUUGCCAGGAUUGCCAGCCACUUAACUGAUCCUGGCGCUCCUGUGAAACUGCCUUGUAUGCCAGUUAAACUGUCACCUCCACUACCUCCAAAGAAAGUCAUGAUUUGCAUGCCUUUAGGGGGGCCAGACCUCUCUCUCUCAUCCUACUCCACGCAGAAGAGCUCCCAGCAGCCUUUGACCCAACAGCAUCACACUGUCCUGCCAUCCCAGUUAGCAGCUCACCAGCACCAGCUCCAGUACGGCAGCCACAGCCAGCACCUUCCUUCUGGGUCCAGCACGUUGCCCAUUCACCCUUCAGGGUGCCGGAUGAUAGAGGAACUGAACAAAACGCUAGCCAUGACCAUGCACAGGCUAGAAAGCUCUGGUUUACACACAGGUGACAGUGUUACAAAAACAGGACCUGGGGGCCUUCCAGACAUGAGACAAGUGCCAACUGUUGUGAUCGAAUGCGAUGACAAUAAAGAAAAUGUGCCUCAUGAAACUGACUAUGAAGAUUCUUCUUGCCUCUAUCCAAGACAGGAGGAGGAGGAAGAGGAAGAUGAAGAGGAGGACAACUCAUUAUUUACAAGCUCCCUGGCAAGGAAAAUCUGCAGGAAGGACUCUUUAGCUAUCAAACUAAGCAACAGGCCUUCUAAGCGAGAGCUGGAGGAAAAGAACAUCCUUCCCAUGCAGACUGAUGAAGAGAGGCUCGAACUUAGGCAGCAGAUUGGGACAAAGUUAACAAGACGACUGAGCCAGAGGCCAACUGCUGAAGAAUUGGAGCAGAGGAACAUACUGAAACCCCGGAAUGAGCAAGAGGAGCAGGAGGAAAAACGAGAGAUUAAGAGAAGAUUAACACGUAAGCUGAGUCAAAGGCCCACAGUAGAAGAGCUACGUGAGAGGAAGAUCCUCAUCCGCUUCAGUGACUACGUGGAAGUGGCAGAUGCGCAGGACUACGACCGGAGGGCAGACAAACCCUGGACACGACUCACAGCCGCCGACAAAGCAGCCAUUCGAAAAGAGCUUAAUGAAUUUAAAAGCUCUGAAAUGGAAGUUCAUGAAUUAAGUAGGCAUCUAACAAGGUUUCAUAGACCGUAGCAGAUCAAUUCUACCUUACUACUAUGCCAUCUUCAAAACAUAACUAAAAGGAACCAUAAGUGCUGGUAUUAUUCACUUCCCUGUUACGUACAAUGUAAAUCUUCCGAACUGCCUUUUUAAAAAAAAAAUAAAUAAAAAGAGUAGAAAAAGAAAUAUAAAAAAAAAGGAAAAUUGUAUUUACAUGUGAUGAGUACUGCGGCAUCAUCAGACCUGCUGGUUCAAGCUUCAGUAACAGAAAAUACCCCUGGUGGGAAUCGUGCCAAGACUUGGCAUCUAUGUAUAGGACUUUCCCGGCAUGUGGAUUUGCCAUAUAUGUUCAGGCCCAGCUGGUGGUGCAACCAUUUUGUCUUCAGGCAGCCCUCAUCCUGACAAGCCUCUGUCAUCAACUCCAGAGAGCCCUGAGAUGGUGUUCAGGGAAUCACUUGGCCUGGAUGAAGUCUCCAAAAGAUGAGCACUUAUGGAGUUAAAGCACUUACACCAAACACUCCUUUCAGGCUGCGAGCACCUUAUAAGAAUGGUGAAGGAGCGAAACUACUCUAUGGGCCAGCUCAUCUGUGAAUAUCAUCUGACUAGAAAGGCAUUUCUUUCCCUGGAGAAGUUUAUGUCCAGUCAGAAGACGUUGUUUGGCUUCCAAGCAGAAACAGGUAUCACCUCUAAAGAACAGGACUCCCUGCUGAAGGCUGCUUCAGUCUCAGCAACUGUUUGUUUUUCAUCUCUUUCAAGUAUAAUUUUCUAAACCCAGUUGUGAACCAAUUGGCAGUAAGUGACAAGAAUGUUGAGGACAAGCAAGCAAAAACCCAUCUCUUCAUGGUCACUGCAUGGCAUUCGCUCCUUUUGUAGUUUGUCUUUACACUCAGGCCUUGUGACUGAGUGAGAGCCAAUGUGCACUCAGGCAGCAAGAAAGGCCAGGAUUCCCCACCGGCUCUGCAGAGGGACACGUGACAGGAGGAACUGGGGGUUCGAUGAGGGAUAGCUAUCCUCUCUGUAUCAGGUGUUUCAAGAACUGAUCCUAAACUCAUUCUGAGCAAAGCAUGACCGAUUGUGUUACCUGGCCUAACAAAAGGAGUCUGGUGCAUUCUUAUGGAUGGUGGGACUUGUUACCAGUACCCACAGCUGAGGCAUAAGGACAGCAAUUCAGAGGUUUCUGAAUUUAUUGGUUCUAAUUUUGGUUUUAAUUUAUUUUUAUUAUAGUGGUUUAACACACAAACUGACCAAGUAAAGCUCAGAGAGCUGGUCACUCUGGGCCUGGUUUACUUGCCAACUUAAGCGUGUGCUCUACAGUAAGUAAGCAUGCACACAGCCUCACUGCAUUCAAGGAUAUGUUUGACAGGCUUAACUGAAGCUGAACACAUUAAAGUGCUUUUCUGAACUUAGGCCAUCACCUUCCAGAAUCAAGUCCUUAACUAGUAUAAUGCCAGCAAGCUGGGGUAAACAUUGUCAGGAUUCCUUUCCAGCUCUUACAUGAAACUAUUAUGCCAUUGUUUUGGGACAGUGGCCCAAAGCACUGUAGCAACAUUACUGUAAGAAGUUCCGGAUUAUUACUUCAGGACACCUUUUUUCUUCUGUAAUAGCAAUUUGCUUUGACAGUUUGAACCAAAAGGCCAAAGUUUUUUACUACAGUAUUGUUAUUUCUAUUAUUUUACUAAUUUUUUCUUUCUCACUGUCUUCCACAUAUCUGUCCUCUCUUCUGUGCUCCCUGUCCACCUCCCCAGUGCCAUGCUAACAUUGCCCUUCACGGAUCACGGGCUGAGAAGCCUCUUGCACAUGAGCAUUUAAUGGCCAAUGCAACACAGUGCCAACACUCCUGCCUCUUCUCAGGCCUUGUCUCAUUCUUCUGGUUGCAGGAGUACAGCAAUAGGACCUGUGUAGCCCAUGGAGUGGUUCUAGCAUCCAGGCUGCCCAACAACCCUGGCAGCAAGGCUAAUGCACUCCAUCUACGCUUAGUGGUGGUACUCAGUGCCUAGUGGUGGUACUCAAUGCCUCACAGAUUUGCUCUCUAUCUGAGACAAGGGAAAGCUUUUCUUUUUCAUCCAUGGCCAUCCUUGCAAUGCUAUGGAUGAUAAGCUAUUAAAUAAAAAUUGGCUGUUGUAGGAUAGAAGAUCAAAGGAAAGUAAAAACCAGCUGGUUUCUGGUGCCUCAUUUUUGAGGCAUCGUGCCUCAGACACUUCCCAGAUUGGGUGAUGAUUUGUGAAGAAAUACACAGUGAUCCCUAUAUCACCAGCUCACGGUUGCUUGAGAUACAAGUGCAUCAGUGGUGAAAGCCUUUAGUGUGCAGUGUUAUCAGCUCAGGGCAGCAAAGACAGAGCACUUAACGUACUAGCCAGGAAUACACUGCUUUGGGGUAAUUUUCAUUAAAACCUCGGGUUCAUGUUUUUAAGUUCAUUCACAUACACAUGCACACAAGACUGCAUCACAGCUUUAAAAAAGGGAAAAAAGCCUCUGUGCUUUUGACUACACAUACACUGUAUUAGGAAUGGGCUCUGCAGCACAGCUGUUCUGAAGAGCAACAAGUCCAUAUGUUCCCAGUAUAGAUCUCACACCUGGCCUGGCAUCAUUAGCUUAGAAGUUCACUGUGAAAGGGAAAGGACACCAUUUAAGCAGCAGUGGUGGCAGAAAUCCCAGGACUCAGUAGGCUAGUGAGAGGGAAGUUGUCACACUCAGCCUUGCCCCAUGAUUUAUGCUGUCCCCAGGGCAGCCUCACGCAGCCAUGCUUUUUUUCUAUUCUUUUACCUUUUUUCUUUUUCUUUUUUUUUUUAAUAACUAUGUUAGCUCCUGGCUGAGCAGACACCAGGACACAAGCGGAAGAACUGCCAUAUUCUCCCCAUUUGCAAAUGGAGCUCAUUACUGAAAAGGUGGAAGGGGAGGAGAAAGAAGCCAUACAAAGUGUUUGGCACUGCCAUAAGCGUCGCAGAACUGACACUUCAUCUGCUUUUAGCUUCAUUGGGUCUGGGUAGUUUGUGAAGGUAACCUUUGUCAAGGCAUCCUUCAACAGCCUUUCAGGGCCUGACCAUGGCAGUGCAUCCUCAGUUUGCACACCCACCUCUCUGGCAUCAAUGGGAAUUUGCACACAGACUGGGGAACUGCUAGUCCCUGUUUUUUAAAUCUGUUUUUUUGAGCACUUGUCUUCUCAUCUGUGAAAGCCAACUCUAUCAUGGUAAAGUAGCUGUGAUUCUGUUGAGGGUAAAGAAAAAGAAAACAAAACAAACAGUCAUGGUAUCUCUCCCUUUGACCUGGAUGAUGUGUAGGAUGUAAAGAUGAUGGCAUUCCUGCUAAGGCUCUGUUACCACCAGUCAUCCUCAUUCAUAUGAGGAGGAGAUUAACAGUGAUAAUAAAGAAAUUACAUCAGGUUUAGAGAAAAAUCAACAUGGAACAAAAAUGGCUAUUCCUAUCAUCCAUCUCCAAGGCUUAUAAUGGAGAUAAUAAUCCAGAGCCAAGGAAGAAAAAUGUUUUGGUUAUAAUCCACUGAAUCCUGAAUUCUUAAAAUGUGCAGCUAUUGUGACAUCUGUUCUAUAUUCUAAGGAAGGAUGAAGUAGAAACAGGGAGUAUGGGGGCCUGGGGAGAUAGUGGGUAUUGGAAAAGCAAUUCCAAAACAUCUAGGCAAAAAAGUUUUGAUUGUUUGGAUGUGAUGGUGAGGAAGCCCAAUAAGUGGCAUUACCAGGAACCUGGUGACGUAAUUCUGACUCAGAGGGAAGGUGAGUGUUGUGGCUUUUGCCCACCCUACACCCCACUGUGUAGGUACUUGCAAGCUGAAGAAGUUCGAGGCUGCAAGUUUGCUGGGAUGAGGCUCAGGCCAACUUUUAUGUCUAGGCAAUUCCUAGUGAGCACUCUGGGCAUUAUCAGAAGAGAAGGAAGGGGGGAAAAGAACAUAAUAGACUUUCAGCAAUUUUAUGUUAACUGAAACCAUUCAGUGAGUCCAUUACACAAAUGUAUUUUGUCCUAAUCCACGUAUAACCUGUCAGCACUUUGCCAUCACUGCAGCUACUCACCAAACUCACCCUUCAUUACUUCUGUAGUGCCACUUGUGCAGUGCAAACACUAUAAACCAAGAGGGGGGGAGCACUUCCAACAUGCACUCAUAAAAAUAGAUGGGCAAGGUGGAAACCCACAGUUAGACAGACAUGGGCUCCCUAACGUGCCUGCAAAUAAAAUCACUUUGUAUAAAUAGCCAUGGGAGAUGACUAGGCUAAUAAAAAAUCAGGAAAGAGAAAGGGGACAAAUUAUUUUUCCUAGGUGUUCAGUCUGCUCAAGCUUGGAACAACUUCUGUAAACAAAGAGGAGGUGACGGGCACAUUACCUGCCUUCCCGUGUGUCCCAGUUACUCCUGCACCAGUUGCAUUUUCCAGUUGAUAUCCAAGUGUAUAUAUAUAGUUUGUCUUUGUAUAGGAGUGAGUGUGGUGGCUGUCAAUCGUGCUCUUCCAGUAUUGUAAUUUAACAGAUUAUGGCUGUAUGAAAAUGAUGUAAAUAACUAGAAAAAAUUAAACUGGAUCUCUAAUGUC